AUGUCAGACAUUCAGGUCGAAGGUUUCAAGUCCUCCGCCAUACUUGCGGCCCUGGCGAAGGUGUUCGAGGGCUACAACGACGAGGAGAAGAAGGCACAGCUCAAGAAGACCAAUGGUAUCUUUGAGCUACGAAUCAAGAACGCGGAAGGCAAGGAAGGUAUCUGGACAAUAGACCUCAAGAACUCCGGCUCGAUUUACAAGGGUGAAGCCAAGCAGAAGCCCAAUGUCACCAUCCUUCUGUCCGAUGACACCUUCCAGCAGCUCGCGGAAGGCAAGCUUGAUGGCCAGAAGGCGUAUAUGACGGGAAAGCUCAAGACCAAGGGCAACAUGAUGUUUGCCACCAAGCUCGACGGUGUACUCAAGGCCACCAAGACCAAGGCUAAGCUGUAA